GAGCGGCAGUCGAGCGCGUCGUCGCCCGCCGUCUGGUUGUGUUUACAGCUCUGUGCGUUUCUCUGAGAAAUACCAUCAAGGGUACUCGGGGAACUCACUUUUGGCGCGAUUUUGCGCGAACGUGAGCGGAGAUCGUGAUGCGCCUUGCAUUCGGAUACGGAAUGCGCUCGUGUUGUCAACUCGCCAUACGGAUGUAUGUGUCCCCGCGGUGCGCAGAAAUCUGUGGCGAGGACCGCUAGUGAUCACUUGGAUUGCAGUGUUGGAUUGUAGGAUAGGAACGGAUUGGAAGCAUCGCCUUUGUGGCUUUUUAGUGACUCCUGCAAAAUGUUCGUGCGAGGUGUUGAUUGAAUUAUACAAUUUGUGAGCCAAGUGAUUGUGUCGUGUCUUCAAUUGACAGUGUUAAUAAAUUAGACAAGAUAGCUGGUAUGCAUAUGUGCUAUGAGAGGCCUGGUGUGGUCGCCUCCUUGAACGGCGGCGUUGGGUACGAGAAGUGGGACCGCGACCGCGGCGGCGGCAGCGGCGGGUCCGGCUCGGCGUGGGCGGGCCGCGAUCGCGAGCGCGAUCGCGAGCGCGACCGCGAGCGCGAGCGGCUCGCGCGCGCCCACCAGAUGUCGCACGCGCACCAGCCCGAACCCGACGCCUCCUCGCUCUUUCCGGCGCCUUUCCGGGUGACUGGCAACAGGGACCACGUGAGCCAGCAGAUCCAGCAUAAGCUCGGCGACUACCAUCUCGCUCAGUCCCUCAUUGACGAUCCCAGCAAGUCGAUAGGGAUAUACGCCGAGCCGCAAAGCCCAGCGCCAUGUAUGAGGAGAGAGAGCGAGUUCAAGAAACCUGCGCAUGCGCCCACCAAUGGCAGGAUACACCAUCGCUCCUACCUCUCCAGCAAGAGCGAUGCCCCCGGAUCGACGGGGGCUCCCGCUCACCGCCCGCCGCCACUCAAGAUUCCGAAUGGAUUCCAAAAUAAGAAUCCAUCGGAUAGUAGUCAACCUCCAAUAGAAAGUAUUUUAAAGGAGAUGAAGUCUCUGCCCACCCCGCUGUCGGUGAUAGCCGCGACGCCGCGCAAGGAGCUGGAGAACAAGUUCAUCUUCAACCCCUACACCAAUAAGGUUCAAGAAAAUCCCCAACUGACAAGCAACGAUCUCAAAACUCCUCUACCAAAACCCGGUAUCGACGACCGGAUAUCAAACUCGAGGAGUUCAGCGUCACCUGACGUGGUGAACAAGGACCUGGUGUUGUCGGAAAGUGAUGACGAGGUCGGUGCCGCCACCACCACCAGCCUAGAUCCUUUAAUAACGCCGAUCGCGUCAGCCAGUCCCAGUUCCGGCAGUUCCUCCCCUUCAGACUCGGAGAGCGAGUCCUCCUCCGCCGAGUCGACACCGACGCCGCUGCCGACCGCGCCGCCGCCCGCCCCGCUGCCCGCUCAACGCUCGUCGUGGUCGCUGUCCAACUUCGCGCCGCCGCCUGCGCAGCCGCCUGAACAGACCUACGAUGAGAAGGAGCUUAGGCAUGCGCUGGCUGACGUUAAGGGGAAACCGAGUCCAAUCUCGGAUAUGUCGGACUCGGAGGCGUCGUCGCCGUCGCCGGUGGCGGUGCGCAGACGGCGCUCGCUUGCCAACCGAGCGUCCGCCGCUUCCAGCGACGAAGAAACUGCGCGGGCGCACAAUGCUUCCUCACCUCGCGUACAACCAACUGGACAGAAGCGCGGUCGGCCGCCGAAGUCGCGGGCGAUGGACGAGGACAAUCCGCCGAAGAAGAAGCGCGGUCGGCCGCGCAAGUCGUCCGCGCCUCCGCCCGCGCCGCCGCCCGCGCCGCCGCCCGCGCCGCCCGCCGCCGACAGCGACGCGGAGCCCGACCCGCCGCCGCACCUCCCCGUGCAGGACAACAAGACGCACAUCUUCCGCAAGGUUUUUACCCCGAAGAAAGGUGACGAAUGCGGCGGGAAGGGCGGAAAAGGGGGCAAGGGAAAAGGGGGGAAGGGCAAGGGGCAAGUGACCAUCAUAGAGGUCACCGCCCCCGAGUCGGGCGCCGACGACGACGAACGGAGGAACCGCGAGCGCUCCUCCGAGCGCCGCAACGAGGAGGCCCUCGCGCGCGUGUCGCCGCCGCACGACGACGCCAGGCGCGACAGGGACCACAGGCUCCAGGACCGACAGGAAAGGGACAGAAUUACUGCCGACAGAUUACCAGAAAGAGAGAGAGAACGGGAGAGAUUACAAGAACGAUUACCCACAGAACGAGACAGAUUAGCUAUAGAACGCGAGAGGUUAAAUGCAGAGCGGGAGAGAAUACCUGCAGACAGAGACCGGUUACCUACAGAAAGAGAGAGGAUACCUACAGACAGAGACAGGUUACCUACAGAGCGGGACAGAUUACCCACAGAAAGAGAUAGAUUACCGGCGGAGCGGGAGAGAAUACCCACAGAACGGAUACCUACGGAUAGAGAAAGGAUACAGACAGAGAGGACAUCGAACGACCGGAUACCAAACGAACGGCCACCGGAUCGGAUAUCCACCGAACGGAUGGUCGAUAGACGUAUGCCUUCCGACCGAACGCCGGCCGAACGGAUACGACCGGCGAUAGAGCGGGAAAGAAUCGAAGAGAGGAAAAAGAAAAUGAGGUUAUCCGAUGAAGUUGAGAGGAUAGACGACAAAAUGGGAAUUGAGAAGUUGGAGGAUAAAGUUAUGGAUAGGCUUAGUGCGGAUAAGAUGUCUGAUCGUAUCCAGACGGAUAGGUACGUGAAGGCGGAAGCGGAUGUCGGCUCUGGACUCAAGUUGGGACGGGGAUCCGAGAGACUGGUAGAAGCUUCUUCUAAUGUGAGCAUCAGGUCCCGGCUGGUGGUGCGCGUGCCGCUGUCGCGGCUGCGCCGGGAGCUGGUGCGCGCGCUGCAGCGGCCGCCGGCCGCGCCCGCCAAGCGCGAGCGCAGCGACCGACCGCCGCAGCACCAGGAGGUGGUGGCGGCGACGAACCACGAGCGGACGGGGUCCGGGGAGACCAUCCGCUACUUCUCCUACUUCGAGCGGCUGCCGUCCGACGCGCUGUCCGACGAGGACCGCGACCACAAAUACUACCUGGACGAGGCGACGCGGCUGCGGCAGGCGGCCGUCAGCGAACAGGAGCCGCUGGCCCGCGUCAUGCUGUACCUCGAGUCUGUGCUCUGCUUCGUGCUCACUGGUCGAGUGCUAGAACUGCGCGAGUUGGACUCCAAGGGCGCGUUCACAGUGUACCGCGAGACCAUAGAGUACAUCAAGUCCAUCCACUCCAUGCCGCAGCGGUACCGCGCCUCCCCGCACUCCACCUUCAACAAGCUGGACAUCCUCAGCCUGCGAGUGCAAGCUCUCUUGUACCUGCGGAUGUUCAAAAUGUAUAAUCGUGAAGUGAAGGAGUACAACAAAAUUGUUCAAGAAUAUCAACAAAAGUUGUUGUGCGCAUGUUCCCGCCAGCCCGCGUGCGCCGAAGCCGCCGCGUCGCCGCUGUCGCCCACGCCCAGCCCGGGCGGGUCAGUGGGCUCAGUGGGGUCAGUCUCGGCCGCGUCCGUGGCGUCCGGCGGCAGCUCCGGCUACUGCUCGCUGGCGCACUCGGUGCCUGCGCACGCGCACCACGCGCUGCUGCAGCUCACCAAGUACUACACGUUCCUGUAUGUGGCGCACGAUUUGUGGGAGCAGGCAGACUGCCUCUGCAGGCUUAGGCCUAAUCAAGAUCUGUUCAUAGCGGUGGACCGGAAAUGCGGACCCUUGUCUCUGUCGUCGACGUUCCGCCAUCUUGUGCAGUACGUGAGAUACGCCAUCUCCCUUCUGAAGAGCGCGCACCAUCGCGAGUGACCGCACGCCAUCUAGCGGCCGCGUCCGUGCCUCGGGACUCUGUCUUGACUGUUUUGUACCGAUGUGACUAGUGACACGUCUAGAAAUUUCUACGGCUCAACGAAAUUGGAUGAGUACCUUUUAUUAUGGACUGUACGAGUUACUGGCGCAAUAUCAACGCUAAAUGUCCAGUUGCAAUUUUGAAACUUCACGUUAGUAUUGAUUUUUUAUGUAGGCAACACUUUAAGGAAUCGAUCCAAAAUGGAUUAAUGCUAAUGUGAUAUAACAUUGGAAGAUGUAUUUAUGCAAUCAGAUGUGUGACAACAAUGGUCAUAAUUCGCCAAUAGCCAAGUAUAUUUAUCAAGUCAUUGAUAAGUAUAAAAUAUUGUUAUGGUUAGAUUCAACGAAUUCAUUGGCGCGACACACCAACCUUGACGUUUUGACCGAGUUACAACUGGCCGUAGACAAGUAGUGAGUCUUCCCGCAAUUAGUAAAAAUAUUAAAAGUAUAUUUGAUUUUAUGCAUAUUUAUAUGAAAUAGUUUCAAUUAUAUUUUUUAUUUCCUAUAAUACUUGAGAAUCGUGUACAUAUUAUCGUCACAUAACAUCAUGCGAAAUUAUAGUUAAUUCUUGAAGUAAAUUUUGUUAUAUUCCGCCCCGAAUGAUACCUAUAUAUAAACAAGUCUAACCAGCAAGAUAUGCUAAUGUAAGGAUUUUUAUAUAUUUUCAUGCUUUGAACGAGAAAAACUAAAACGAUUUAUGAAGACAACAAAACUGAACAACGAUAAGUAUUUUGCUGUUUAGACUUACAUUUACGCAAAUGAGAACCAAAACAAGGGACUUAAGGCAAAUAAUGUUAAUAAUAAUUUGAUAUUUAAUAAAUUUAUGUAUAAUGAUUGUCUAUGUAGUUUGAUGUUAGCUUUAAAUGAUUUUUGUCUUGAAUGAUUGCGAACACACGCUGCGUACAUUCGAGAUGUUUUACAAUUAUCAUUUUUUAUAAAUAUUUUUUUAUGUACGUAUAAAUCUUCCAUUGAUCCAAAUUAUGUUAUUAUAUAUUUUAUACGAUUGCCACAGUAAUGUAAUAGCGUCAUGAAUUAAUCGGACAUAAUUGACGAUUUUCGCGUAAAUGCUGUAAAAAUGUUUUGAUUGAAUUCCUAGUGAACUAAUGUAUUUUCUUCUCUCUUUGUUGCACUAGACAUGAAAGAGACAAUACUAUUGAUGAAAAAUAUAAAACAUCAAUCGCGAGAACAUAACACCAGAAAUUGCCAGCGUCGACUCACAUUGUCUUCGUUAACGUUCUCUUCCCAAAACUACGACCAAAAAAUACAAAAUACAUUGUAAAAUUGUAAGGAACUGUACAUAAGCUACGUUGCCUAGCAACGGCGAGUCGUCUCGCUAACUUUAAGUGAUAGAGUAAUCAUAUCUUAAGUGUUUCUUUAACCCUAUCUUGGAAAUGUCUCGUUCGGGAACAUGAUACGAAUUGCUCCGGAAUUUACGGCGUUUGAGCGCACGUGGGCCAAUCGAGUAUAUUAUAAUAUCUCAACAUGUAUGGGAUCACUUUGUACUACUUCGCAAUAACUUUCUGUCGCUUUACUCUUGAGUGAAUUUGUAUGUGAGGUUAUAUCUUAAGCAGUUUUUUUUCUCGACGGUUCGAUUGGACGAACAAUUGUUAUACCGACAUCGGUCGAUUCUGUCACUUUUAUUAUGAAAUUUAUAACUGAAGGCGUGUUUGACGAUAUGAGUUUUGAUCAGAUGCUGGGGUCAGAUUACUUACAGAAUCGUACCUAAUAUAAUGUCAUAAUAAUUAAUUUCUUGGUGUAGACGAACAAUUUAUAUAUCGUGAAUGUUCCUAUGUAGAUGAGAUGCAGAACAAUGUUUGAGCAAACUCGCUUACUAUCACGUCCUAAUGUCAGAACAUGUUUUCGUAUACAUAUCAAAUGAUUUGGGGACAAAAUCGUAGGAUAUCAAUGGUCGCAAGCGGUUCGAAGACUCUUCGCUUCUCGUUUCGUAGAUCUCCGGCGACUGCGACACUUCAGAGCGACAAUAAUACUCUUAGACAAGCUAGAACUUCAAAACGCAGUCCCGGCCAUGCCAUUCAUCGAAGAAAAUAUAGAACAAAUCGGCUGAACAGUUUGAUUCUAUAAAGAUAAGUGCAAAUAUUUGUUUAACACAAUUACGAAGAGUACAAGAAAUGUCGACAUCAAUAAUUUCGCAGACAAAUCCGUGACACCAAUGAACAGUAUAAAUUAUAUAUCUCUCGGUUGUUUAUCAAAUUUAUGUUGUGAUUGUAUAUACAUAAUAUUAUAUUAUACAUUUUGUAAUGAAUAUACAUGUUAGUGCCAGAUAGGUUUUUGUAUGGACGUUUAUAGAAAGAGUGUAGGUGGCGGCGACGUGCGUCCACGCUGACGUUGUUAAGUGACAAGAGAUGCCUUGUACAUAGUAUAUUGUUAGAAAUGUGUAGUUUUCACUCUAUUUUAAUUUAUAUUGUAAACUAUAUUUAUAGUUAAGGUGACGUGGAGAUAACAUAAUAAAGUUCGGUUAAGAAAUGGCGCGAGUGAAGGCCUGGCUCGGAAUGGUUUGUGUUGAACUGGACGGUGGAGCUUGCAGCGCGAAAAGCGAUUCUCUACUUAAAAACUUAAGGCUUACAAGCCACAGCAUCACAAAUAUAUUGGUACUUAUUUCCCGCACAAAUGUUUUUAUAUUUUUAGUUAAUUGUUUAUUUAUUGACGCAUUAUCGGUUACCUUGAAGCGAAGAUUACUUAAAUUAUUAAAUUACGUUAGAUUGCGGCUAAGUUAGAGCGUGCAUACACCAGUUCCUUUAUAUCUCAGAAUGUUCAAUAAAUUAUUACAUGUUUCAGAAUGCGCACGACGUAAAUGUAUAAACAUUUCUUAAACCAAGCACAUUUUUAUAUGUUAAUUUUGGGACCAGAACAUUCUGAAAGUGUAUUGGAAUUUAUCUCGGAAACUAAACAGAGUUUAGGAAUGCUCGCCUCUGUCUUACAUUCGCAAUUCUAACGGACGCACCUGUUUCGGACAUUCGUUUUAGGAUUUUAUUUUGUUAUUUUUAACUAUCAAUUAUUUAUUUAAGUUGACAAAAUUUCAUGUAUCUCUUUGGAAACUCUCACUGUACUUGGUUUUUUGUUAUCUUAGUUCUAAAUUGACGUUACGGAUGUGUCUAAUCUUCAUUACGUUUUGUUGCUUUUAUUAUUUUAAGACUAUUUUAAUUUUUAUUUGCAAUGGUACCGUAUUUAUGUAGCUCCUCGUUACGAACCUUAUAGUUUAUUGAUAAGGCAUAAUUUGACAAUUGUGUGUUGUCGUCACGUAGGUCGGUACCUCUUUGAUUUACGCACAUGAAUCUAAUCAAAUUAAAAUCAAUUAAAUCUCAAUUGGAAUGAGUCCUAAAAUCAAUACCAAAUUAUCUACAAUUUAUUGUAAGUUGAACGAAUGGGAGCGCUGGAUAGUUAAGCUAUAGGUGAUUUUUAGGAAAUUGUAAAAUACUGUUUUCUUUUUAUAUUAGUAUCUUGUGUUGAUAGCAUGUAUAAUUUGUUUUUUUUUUUAUUUGCGUUAAGGAUUAUGUAUAAAUUUGUUUUCCUUUAAUUUUAUUAUUUGUGUAACUAUACCUUAUGUUAUUGAUAAUAGAAUACAUUAAUUUUUAUGUAUGA